GCCUCUUGGCGCGCGUCGCUGAGUCACCUUCCCGGAACGCGUUCGGGACGCUCAACACAGCCGGGGCGGCCCGGGGCCGCGCAGGGCGCAGGCGCGCUGCACCUCCACGCGGCCGAGCCGGCCCGCGGCCCCGCGCGUCCCUGCGGGCGCCUCCCCGGACCCGGGACCCUCUGGCACUGCCCCCCGCCCCCCCCAGGGUAUUGGGGAACGAGGUCGAGCCGCCUGGGUCCUCCGGAAGAGAAGAUACCGCGAAGGCGCGCCUGUGUUACGGGCGCCACCCGGACCUGCCUCUUCCUGACUUUUAAGGGGCGGCAAGAAGACAGGUGUGUGGGGUCGUACGGCUGCAGGUGGGGCGCCUGAGCACUCUGCGGCCUGGGCCUGGGCUUGGGCCAUCUCGGGGGUUUAGUUUCUUCCAACUUUGGCCCUACCUGGUCAGGUCAUCAGGUCAGCCUUGGCACCUUCCUCCUCUGGGUUUUCGGCAAACAACCCCCCAGGGACCUAACUCGAGUCGGUCGCGGACACGGUCAGGUCAGACACUUGCCCGUGACAUGUAUAUCACGCACACGUUGACACACGCGUCCCUGUUGGCCUCCGUUGAAGUGAAAACUCCGGGACGCGUUUGCAUCUUCCCGCCGAGCCCGGGAGAAGGGGCGCGAGGGACACGUCCCGAUGCUACAGCCGCGAUGGGGACCCCUAGUCCGGUUUUUCUCUCUCGGCUUCUCUCCGGUGAAUGAGGGGCGUCGGCCUGGAUCGCCGGCUGCGGGACAGCUUCUCUUGCCCAGGCGAUGCCCAAGCGCGCGGCUUCCCGCGCGUGGCCCAAGGAUCUAGCUGGGUGCCCCCCGCCUCAGGGAGCUUCGUCGGACUCCGCCAGCGCUGUCUCCUUUCCCCAAGAUGGGGCAGCCGCAGGGAAUGACGCUGCUGCCUCGACAGCCCCGGCUCCGGGCGGGGAGGCCGAGCCCCACAGCCGGCACCGCGACGCCCGCCUGCGCAGCACAGAUAAGGAGCUAAAGGCAGGAGCCGCCGCAGCGGGCAGCGCCCCGACAUCGCUGGGGACCCCCGGGCAGCGGGUGCCUCAGGUCGAGGUUAUGGAUCCAGCGGGCGGCCCCCCGAACAGGCUCCCACGGCCCUGCCGCGUGCUGGUGCUGUUGAACCCGCGCGGGGGCAAGGGCAAAGCCCUGCAGCUCUUCUGGAGCCACGUGCAGCCCCUGCUGGCCCAGGCCGAUGUCUCCUUCAAACUGACGCUCACUGAGCGGCAAAACCAUGCCCGGGAGCUGGUUCGGGCGGAGGAACUGAGUCGCUGGGACGCACUGGUGGUCAUGUCCGGAGACGGGCUGAUGUACGAGGUGGUGAACGGGUUAAUGGAGCGGCCUGACUGGGAGACUGCCAUCAGGAAGCCCCUGUGUAGCCUCCCAGCUGGCUCUGGCAAUGCGUUGGCAGCUUCUCUGAACCAUUAUGCCGGCUACGAGCAGGUGACUGAUAAAGACCUCUUGACCAACUGCACACUGCUCUUGUGCCGCCGGUCGCUGGCGCCUGUGAACUUGCUGUCAUUGCAGAUGGCCUCGGGGCAGCGCCUCUUCUCCAUGCUCAGCCUGGCAUGGGGCUUCAUUGCUGAUGUAGAUCUGGACAGUGAGAAGUUUCGGCGCCUGGGGGAGAUGCGCUUUACUGUGGGCACCCUCCUACGCCUGGCAGCCCUGCGCGUCUAUCAGGGCCAACUAGCCUACCUCCCCAUAGAAAGGGUGGUCUCCAAGAUGCCCACCUCACCUGCUCUGGACCGGCAGGGCCCUGUGGACACCUACCUCGUGCCCCUGGAGGAGCCAGUGCCCUCUCACUGGACCAUGGUGUCUGAGCAGAACUUUGUGCUGGUGCUGGCUCUGCUGCACUCACACCUGGCUAGUGAGAUGUUUGCUGCGCCCAUGGGCCGCUGUGCUGCUGGCACGAUGCAUCUGUUCUACGUGCGGGCAGGUGUGUCCCGGGCCAUGCUGCUGCGCCUCUUCCUGGCCAUGGAGAAGGGGAGGCACAUGGAGUGCAACUGUCCCUACUUGGUGUAUGAGCCCGUGGCUGCCUUCCGCCUGCAGCCCAAGGAUGGGAAGGGCGUGUUUGCUGUGGACGGGGAGUUGAUGGUCAGCGAGGCUGUGCAGGGCCAGGUGCACCCAAACUACAUCUGGAUGGCCAGUGGCUGUGUGGAGUCCCCACCUUCUCAGGAGCAACAGACUCCACCUGACUGGAAGCCUCAGCAGACGCCACUUCCAGAAGAGCCCUUCUGACUUGUGUGGGCCUUGCUGUGCCUCAGUCUGUGUAUUUGGUCUACUCUGAGCUCAGGACCCUCCCUCUUUCCUCCAGGAUUGGAGGACCCUCCUCAGCCCGCACUGGGGGGCUGGAGGAGGACUCCAGCAGGAAGGUGGAGGGUGUGUUUUGGAAGGACAAGCUCUCUCCACCAAAGGCCAGGACAAAGCCCUGGGCCAGGGGCCCAGCUGGUUAGGCCCUGCUGCCUGCAGAAACUACCCUUUUGUUCUGGGAGCCCUACCCCAUGAAUUAAAUCCAAAUAAAGUGAUAUUCCCUGCC